AUGGAUCAGGUGGUAGAGGUUAGGAGGGUCACUAAUAGGAUGAUGUUGAUUAAGGUGGUCGUUGAAGGGCUCACUUUGAAUAUUAUUAGUACGUAUGCGGCGCAAAGGGGCUUAGGCGAGGAGGAUAAGAGGCGCUUUUGGGAGGAUUUGGAUGAGUUAGUGGGAGGCAUAACGCCUACUGAGAAGCUAUUCGUGGGAGAGAUUAAGAUGGAGAAGAAGAAGAGGAUCGUGGAUGACCGGCCUAGGAUCAGAUGGGGGAGUUUGACCAUGACUAGUGCCCUGGAGUUGGGAGAGAAAUUAAAGGCUAUGGGGGCCUGGGAGAGUAGUGGGGAUGCGACCAGUAGUCGUGGUGGGCAUCGAGGGGACUGGUGGUGGAAUGGAGAAGUUCAAGGGAAGGUAGAAGCAAAUAAGGUGGCGUAUGUGAGGUUGAUAAAAAGCAAGGAUGAGGUGAAGAAGUGGACGAAUAGGGAAAUUUAUAAGAUGGCGAGAAAAGAGGCAAAGUUAGCGGUUUCGACAGCAAAAAGGGUAGCUUUUGAAUGCCUUUAUGCUGAACUAGAGGAAAAAUGUGGGGAUAAAAAAUUGUUCAGGCUAGCCAAGGCGAGGGAGAGGAGGGCACGUGAUGUGGAUCAAGUGAAGUGCAUCAAGGAGGAGCAUGGCAAAGUAUUGGUAGAGGAGGUUCUCAUUAGACGGAGAUGA